UGAAACCCUAGAACAAAGUAAUGAGAACAAGUUUCACCAAAAUAAGCUUCUCGACUAAUUUAAGUUGGCUUUCUUCCUUUUUUUUAAAAAAAUUUUUUUUUUUUCUUCUUCUUUCUUCUUCUUCUUCUUCUCUUUUCCUUUUAUUUAAAGUAAUAAAAUGAUACAGUUCCCACCGGAAAUUCUUCAAAAUAUAUUUAAAGAAGUUGGAAAUUACACAGAUUUAUUUAAUUGUUUAUUGGUUAAUAGAUAUUGGUGUACAAAUAUAUUACCCAUAUUAUGGGAAAACCCGUUAGAAAAAACAUUUGGAAAAACUUAUCGGGAUAGAAAUCUUAGAGCGAUCAAUAUAAUUGAAAUAUAUGUUUCAUGUCUCUCACAACAAUCAAAAUCUAUUAUUAGACAAAAUGGAUUAGAAAAAGUUAACAUAUUAAAAGAAAGUAACAAUACACUUUUAUGUAAUUAUAUAAUAUAUUUAAAGGGAAUAGAAUUUACAACAUUAUUUACGGCAGUAGCAAAUUGGAUUCGUAAAGUUAUAAUUGAACAAGAACAAGAGCAGCGACAACAACAACAACGGCAACAACAACAGCAGCAGCAACAACAACAACAACAACAACAAUGGCAACAACAACAGCAGCAACAAAAUCAACAGCAACAAGUUAUGAAAAAUUUUUUAAAAAAAUAUCAACAUGUUUCUAAUACACAAUUAAUUAUUUAUCAAGAAUUAAUUAAAAUGAUUGCCAAAAAAAGUUCAGUAAAACGAUAUAAAUUAACAAUACCGGAAGGAAUUGGAUCAUUUUCUUACCUUGAUUGUUUAAACGAAAUUUUACCAGAAAGAUCACAUCUUGAAUUAUUAAAAUUAACUACAAAUAAUUUUCAUUCAUUUUUUAAUAAAUUUAAAAAUCUUUUUUAUAUUAUUGAUAAAUUAAUGAUUAAAUGUAAAGAUGAUGAUGAAAAUUUAUCUAAUUUUUUAAAUACUUUACCAAAAAUUCAUUUCUUAAAAAUUCGUUUAAACGAUCAACAAAUGCCAAAUUUAACGAAUGCUUUAAAAAAUCUUUUAGAAUCCAAUUAUGAAGAUUUAACAUAUCUUUGGAUUAAACAAGGUGGAACAAUACCUUUAAAUAUUUUUUCUGAAUGCAAGAAUCUUUUAAAUUUAAGGAUAACAGAUUCUCAUAUUCCUAAUACAACAAAAUCUUUUUGGUCAUUAAAUACUUUACAACCUUUUUCUAAUGGUCCUGCAUAUACUCAACUUGUGGAAUUUAGUUUAUGUGUAGAUACUAAAAUAAAUUUAUAUCAUUUAUCAAAUAUUAUAUUAAAAACAAAUGGUAGUAUUAAAUAUUUAUGCUUAAAAUGGGAAAUUGAACAAGAUCCUGAACAUGCUCAAUUAUUAUUUGAAAUUAUUUUAUCUUCUUGUCCAAAUUUAAUUGAUAUUUUUAUUUCUGUAUCUCCUCAUACUGUAAAUUAUUUAAUUAAUUUUUUGGAAAAUUUUAAAUAUUUGGAAAUUUUAGAAAUUGAUUCUUUGGUAAAUAAUUUAGAUUUAAAUAUUUGGUUACCUAAAAUUGCAAAAAAAUUAACUACAAAAUUAUCUUUAUUGGGUUUUUAUUGUAAAUUUAUUUGUAAUUUAAAAGAAUUUAAAAAUUUUCUUGAUGAUAUUCCUAUUUUACCUUAUGAUUUAAAUGAUUUAUCUUCUUCUGCUGUUGGUUUAGAAUUAUAUUUUCAUAAUGCUAAUGAAUGGUUGGGUCAAGAUAAAAUUGAUUUAUUAAGAGAAUAUGCUAGUAUUGGAAAAUUUCAUACUAAUGUUUGUGAUUGGAUAAAAAAUAUUGAUGAAUUUAACGAUAUUUAAAAAAUUAUGUCCUAAUAAAAAAAAAAAAACAUUUUUAAGGCCUGUUACCGGCCGAGGUAAAAUAAAUAAUUUUA